CGACACCACCGACAAUAUUUUGGAUGACAUCAUCUGUCUGCGACUCUCGUUCAGAUAGUCGCAAAAGCUAGACGAGCUAACUCCAUUAGCCGCGUUGUUUUUUCCGACCAGAAUGGCUCCAAAGAAAGGGAAAAAAGUUGUAAAUCAAGAAGAACUCCGGCGACUGAUGAGAGAAAAACAAAGACAAACAUCUGAGAAGAAACGCGUUGAGUCUCCAUAUGCCAAAUAUAACAGUUUGGGACAUCUGAGUUGUGUGCUGUGCAACACGCAGGUGAAGUCUGAACUGCUGUGGCCCGCUCACGUCCUCGGAAAACAACACAAGGAAAAGGUUUCUGAGCUUAAAGAAGCCAAACAAACACUGCAGAGUCAACCGGUGAAGCGGAAAGCACCGGACGACGAGGACGUCAGCGUGAAGAAGGCGAAACCAACGCCAGAGGCAGGUCAGUCCGUCUCGGGUGUACCUGCAGAUUUCUUCCAGACGUCUGAUUCUGCAAAGUCAGACAGCAUUAGUUUGUUAGCUGGAGUCUAUGAUGAUGAUGAAGAUGAUGACAAGGAGGCGACAGAGGAAGCCGGGAAUACCGACGCAGCUCCUCAGAAAGCAGAAGCAGCCGGACUGCCUGCAGAUUUCUUUGACAGCUCCAUCCCCACAACCCCGGCCGUCUCUCACUCGGGCUCCAUCCUCAAAGCGGAGGUGCCUGAGAAAAGCACAGAGAAGAAAGACAGCACAGCCGAAGCACUGCCAGAGGGUUUCUUUGACGACCCAGUGAGAGACGCCAAAGUGCGCAACGUGGACGCACCCAAGGACCAAAUGGACAAGGAGUGGGAAGAGUUCCAGAAGGAGAUACGUCAGGUGAACACAAAGUCGGAGGCCAUCGUGGCAGAAGAUGAUGAGGAGGGCCGUCUUGAGCGUCAAAUCGACGAGAUUGACGAACAAAUUGAGUGUUACAAAAGAGUGGAGCUCCUGAGGGACAAGAGGGAUGUGGUGAAGAGGAGGUUUCAGAUGAGGAAAAAGGAGGAACCUAUGGAGACUGAAGCUAGUAUGGAGGAGGCAGAAGAAGAGAAUGAGGAAGAACUGCUUGGACUCUUGUCCCAGGACUGGAGAGCCAAAGGGGCACUGGUUUAAAUAAUGUUCAGACUGCAAGAUAUACCCAUAAUGCAUUGAAGUCUGUUCUCUUUUUGGUUUACCUCUGAAUUAAAAAUCAUGCACCCUCUCAAAUACGUAUCGUGAACAGGCGGACAACAAAUGAAAUAUUUAACUCUUUAUUCAUUGGAAGUCACGCACAAAGACAAAAUCUCAUUGUAGCAGCAUAUAGACCAACAGCUUUCACAAAGGCCCAAUGUUGCAUUCAGAGCUAAUUUUCCCACACUACUACUUUGUAGUCGGCAAUUUUAGCUUCUUCAUAAAUAAUUUGUACAUUAUCAUAAGCAACGUGCAAUGCACAACUUAGUUAAAAACAUACAGUGCUGAGUUGUAAAGCAAAUUGAAUUCAUCCUACACCCUGAAUAAGAUAAAUUGAGAAACUUGUAUAACUUGUGUAAAUACACCAUUACACAUUCAGUUAAAUGAUUAAAAGAGUGAUUUCAGUGCUUCUUGUACUACCUGUUACUGCAAUAGUCA